AUGUCACCUUUCAUAUCAUUUCUAAAAAUUAUCUUCUUAAACUCAAUAAUAUACUAAAAUUGUUUAACUAAUAUAGAAGAAGACUGUAAAUACACAGAUUUUUCAAUUGUUGGAACUAGUAAUGCAACUACAGAUAGAUGUGGAUCUGAUGAUUAUAAUUUAUAUAUGGGUGCAUAUGGAUUUUAAAGUACUGUUUCAAAAACCUUUCCAAGAAUACCACCUAAUCAUGGAUUAGAGCUUUAGGUUGGAAUUUGGAAAUUAGACUCAUGGGAUUCUGAAGGGUUUGAAAUAUGGGCAAAUGAUUAAUUGAUAGAAAAUUUAAUUUACACAGGGCCUAAGGGAAAUACGAUUUGCAGAAAUGAAAUUUUUUAAGAUUAAUUUACACAUCUUAAACUUAAGUUUCAAAUUACAGAAGAAGAUUUAACUAUCAAAUUCAAAGAUAAAUUAAAUACAAUGGCUAUUGAGAGUGAUCUUUGGGAUGGUAAUUUAUUUAUAUUUAUGAAUUAGAAUCAUGGGGUUUUCGGGAUAUGAUUCUUAGACUUUCUAUUCCUUGUGUCAAUUUUUAUAGUGAAUGCAAUUAUUAAGGGACUUUAUUUUAGAUAUGCAAAGGUGAAUAGACAAAAUAACAGGAUGAUAUUCCUUUUGAAAUUAAAUCAAUAUUUAUGGGACCAAACAUUAUUGUUUAAUUUAAAGAUCCUAAUUAUUUUGGAGGAAAUUUAUAAGAGUUUACUUCUUCAGAACCUUGUUUAGAUAGUUAUUCUUAAAGUAAAACUUAUAAAGUAUAUUAUUACCAAAUACUCUUAGUUUCCGAAAUAAAAUUAAUUAGAAUGA